AUGACGAUCUCAAAGAACAACAAGAUGAUGCAGCACAUCAAUUACAAGAUGAAAGUAAUUGUGCAGGACAAUCGAACCUUCAUUGGCUACUUUAAAGCUUUUGACAAGCAUAUGAACGUCAUUUUGUCUGAUUGUGAAGAACUUCGUCGUGUGAGGACAAAGACUGGUGGAAAGAAACCGGUCAAUGAAGAAGAGAAGCGAAUUCUUGGUCUUGUACUUCUUCGAGGAGAUAAAAUAAUUUCCAUUUCGGUUGAGGGGCCUCCAGCGCGUGAUGAUUCUGGAGUUCAGAUGCCUCGUGCUGGAGGACUUGGGGGAGCUGGACAGGCGAAGAGUGCUGGACGUGGUGUUCCUCCUAUGGGUGGUGGAAUGAUUCCUCCAGGGCCUGGAAUGCCGUCGGUGCCGCAUGGACUUCAAGGGGCUGUUCGUGGUAUUGGUGGACCUGGGAUGGGAGCAAUGCAGCCUGGUUAUAAUAUGUUGGAUGGUCCUCCAAGAUUCUAAAUGAAGAGAGAGCUUAAAGAUGGAGAGAAUCUGUUGAAAAAAAUUUUUGGAAAAUGUUCUAAAAGAACUCUUAUAAUAUUUUGGUUGUCUUUUUCUCUUUAUUGUUUUAUUUAUGAUCAAAAAAUUUCUCUUUUUUGGGAUUAAAUAUGUGAUGAAAACACUUGGAAUUUUUAUUUUUUAAUUUAAAAUUUGUUCU